CUCGCCCGCCCAGCACCCACCGCAGGUGGGGCACCAGCCGGAGCCCCGGCAGGGGCGGGAAGACAAGUUGGAGCCUGCAGCUGCUGCUGGGGAGGGGGCACCAUGAACCAAGGUGUAGGCUAGUGUGGCUGGCAGGGUGGGCGUGAGCUCGCUGGACUGGGCACCACCUGGACCCUGGCAAGAGAGAGACUGACAGACCAUGAAUGCCCCAAGGGAGUGUGCCCACCCUUAAAACCGCCUGCCGCGAGGUUUGCAGCCAUGAGCAGGUGCCCAAGCGCUGAGGGAGCACAAUGAAUGGCGGCGAUGAUUGCUCUGGUGUGGAUCGAGGCGGCCGCCCAGCAGUCACACCCGUGCCUGUGGGCUGGCAGCGCAGGGUGGAGGAGGGCAGAGUGCGCUAUAUCAGCCCCAGCGGCACAAGCCUGGCUUCGUUGGAGCAGACACGUGCGUACCUGCUGGCAGACGGCACUUGCAAAUGUGGCCUGGAGUGUCCCCUCAAUGUGCACAAGGUUUUCAACUUCGACCCAGCAGCUAUGGUGACGGGGAGCGAAGGCACCAAGGCAGACGAGGACAUGACCAAGCUGUGCAACCACUGGCGGAAAAUCGUGGCAAUGGCCACGCUCUACCGCAGCAUGGAGAGCCAUGGACCGCUAAGCCUGCCACAUCUGGGGCCAGGGGGCGGGCUGGCCCAGCCGUCUCAGCCGACCACGGCAGGACCCAGCAGUCGCCCACAGCAGGCCCUUCCCAGCAAAGCCUCUGCCACCUUGGCCAAGGGCCCGGAACUCUACUUGCAGUGCCCCUCCGAUCGCUACGGCAACACCUGGCCCAGCCAGGCCUCCUCCUUUCCCCGCCACCACAACGCUCUCUUCGGGGACGUCUUCCCGGGCCGCCUGCCUGCCACCCCCAACGGCAACACCCGCCCAACCUUUCCAGCUGAACUGAACACCACCGGAAGUUCCUUCCUGCCCGGCAAGGCCCUCCCGGACGCACCGCCCCGGCCCUACCCUCCCAGCGGCCUUCUCUUCCCCCCGCCCGACGAAGCGGUGCCUGGUCCGGAGGGUGGCCCCUGGAGCAGUCGCCCGGUGCCCCUUGGCUCUCAGGCGAGUGCCGCUGGCUCCCCGGCCCCCACCAGCCUUUCCUCUGUUUCGUCGCCGGCAGGCAGCACUGCGCCCUCCCCGCAGCGCUCCCGGCACUCCUCGGCUUCCUCGGAGCAGGGCCUCUCUGGACACCGCCUGGCUCCCAAACCCUCCGGCUUGGACGCAGCGCCCCUGGCCAACGCCUUAACCCACCAAAGCAGCAAUAACCUGCCCUCAGUGCCCUUAGGAGUUGUCCCGGAAGGCAAAGGCCCGCCCGGACUGCUGCUCCUCCACCCCCAGGGCCCGGGCUCUUUCCCAGCCAGCAGUUUGUUGAGCGCAGCCGCCAAGGCCCAGCUGGCCAGCCGGGGGCGCCCCGACGAGCUGGCUGCCAGCACUUUACCCAGCCGCUUGCUGCUCUCCGUGGUGGGGGGGCGGGCACCUCGCCGCCAGCGCCGCUCCCCCACCGUCCUGCGCCUGCUCAAGGACUCCCAUUCAGGGCAGGCCGGGGCCACCCAUCCUGAGGAGACGCCGACCCGCCAGCCCCGGCCUCGGGACCAGCCGCCCGCAGGAGAGGCCAGGAAUGGAGCCCUGAGCUCGGCAGCCCCGGUGCAGCCCCUGUCGUCCCUGCUCAGCCUGCUUGCCCCUCCUGUGAGCUCACCCACCCCUGGCCUCCCGCCGCUGCCCCAAAGCCCUGCUGGCGACAGCCCAAGCUCUUUGCCCUCCUUCCAGGACUUCAACAGCCAGCUCCUCAGUCUCUUUGGGCAGCUGGCCUCAGCGUCUUCCGAACAGUUCUCAGGGAGCCCCCCACAGCCGAAACCUCCUGUCUCCCCGCUCGGAUCCCUCGGCCCCCCAGGUGCCGCGUCUGCUUCACCUCUGACUCCCAAAGCCCCUCCAGCACCCAGCCCUGUGGCCGCCAGCGCAAUGGAAGGCGGGGCCCUGGGCUGCCCGCUGCCCUCGGCCACUGACCCUUUCCCCUUCCUGGCGCAGGAACAGGCGCUGUCGUUUGGGAACGCUCUACCUCCCGGGCUGCUCCCGCUGGGCUCCUUCCCCUUCUCGCUGACCCUGGGCCCGGAGACGCCGCUUCCCCCUCUGAGCCUGCAAGGGGAACCAGAGGGACAGCCCUUGCUGCCCCUGGUGCUGCCCAGCCUGGAUUUGCUGCAGCAACAGAGCGGACUCCUGGCCUCUCUGCUGGCCCUGCCAGAGGCGACGUGCGAAGGCGAGAGGGAAGGAGCGGCCGCUGAGCCCCUGCUGGAACCAUUCGCCGGCAUCCCCGAAGCUCUGCAGCCCCUGCUGUUCCCAGCACUUUCCACCCCUCCGGCUGUCCUAGCUUUAAACUCAGCACUGUUGGCGACCAGCCUGGGUCCUUCCGACGCUGGGCCGGGCCCCACACAGGCUGGCCUGACAAGCACUCCUGUGGCACCUACCUCCACUAGCACGGCAUCAACAACUACUGAGGGCACCCCCAGCGCUUCAGGGCGGCUGAGCUCCCUGAUGCCCCAGCUUGUCAAUCCACUGCUGAGUACCACACUUCUGGGUGACCUAUCGGCGCUGAACGCUGCCUCAGGCCCCUCCCUGAUUGGAAGCCCCCUGCUCCAGGCCCAGCAGCCACUUCUGCCGCCCAACCUGCAAGGGCCUCUUGGGCUCCACCUUUUCCAAGGCCAGCUGCCCCUUCUAGCGGGCUCCAACCCCUUGGCCUGCCUCCUCCAGAGCUUGCAACUGAGCCCCGGCUUUGGUACCCCAGAGAAGCCCCUGCUCCCAAGCGAAGCUCCAGUCCCAGCGGUGUCCAGCAUGCUCCCUGUGCCGGAGACCGAGCCGGGCCUCAGUGCUGCGUUGCCCCCUUCCAUGGACACUGCCCCCACAAGUGCCUUAGAGCCACCCAGAGCCCUUGAGCCCACCCGGCAAGGACAGCAGGAGGCCCCACUGGGGCAGGAGGCCAGCAGCCCCCGCUCCCCCCUCAAGCGGCCCCGGCGAGGCACGGAAGAGCUGAACGGGGACUCCGCCAGCGGCAGCCUCCCACGGGGGCCAGGGCGGGGUGGCAAGUCUGGCCGGCGGGGCGGCGGACGGGGCAGAGGCAGGCAGCACUUCAACGGGCAGCUCCCUGAGCUGGGAGCUGGACACGCCUCCCACCCUGCCUGGCGCUGCAACGGAGAGAUGGUGGCCAGCAGCGCUGAAAGCCAAGCGAGUCCGUUCGCUAUUCAGGAGAUAAAGGGCCCACCUGGAAGGCGACCGUCCCGACGUGGCCGGAGGAGGAAAAGCAGCGGUGCCCGACCCAGUGCCCGACCUGAAACGACACGGAUCCGGGGCCCCAGUGCAGAUCCAGGGCCCAGCCCUUUGGUUGACUACACUGUUGCUCGGCGCCCACGGCCUGGCCGGCCCGUGAAAAACAGGAGGAGGAAACUGCCCACAUAGCGUCGCCUGAACUGAGGGGGGGGGGGCCCUCCACCGUGGUCUGCUUCUAAGCGAACAGAGCUUAGGACAUCCCCGGCUUCUGUCUACCUCCCCCCAACCCACAACCGCCUUUCAUCUCCGGUGCCCAGCCCGUGGGCUCGGGUUGCGGGGGAGAGGGAGGACGAUACCAGCAAGAGGAUUUGUUGCUGCUGCUGCUGCUGGGCUCUUGGCGCCUUGGCCAUGAAUGUGUUGUAGCUUCACCAGUUGCCUGGGUCCUAUAUCUCUCCCACAAGGGACCCCUGAAAGCACAAGGUGCAGCUGCGGUUUCAACGUUUUGUGCGGAGGGGGGUGCGGGAAGAGGUUGGAGGGGCAAGACCGGUGGAGGGGGGGGCACUAGAGCUGGACAUGCCCAUAGCACUUCUUUAAGCCAUUUCUGCAAUGCUCGUAGCAGUGCAGUAGGCCUCUCUUGCCCCUGCUUUCGUGUCUCCCCCACCCUUGGUGAGACCCCCCCCCCUCCUCCGUUUGGGUCUCAGAACCUCAGCAGGAGUAGCAAGGGCUGUGUGCUCCAGGAAGGGACACCACUGCCCUUUCACUUCCCACCUUUACCUCAGACCUGCGUGCGCUGUGGCACCCAGGUGAGAACCGGCUCAGGGUUUUAGUACAAGAACUCAGUCUUCUCUUUCUCUCUCUUCGCCUCAGCGCGCGCACGCGCAUGCGCGCACACACACAAGCUCCCGGUCCCAGUGCUCAAGGUACAAAGCAAUAAGGAAAAUAAGCCACGUUUGUUCAGGGAGGAUUCGCUCCCAUCCAUCGCUCAGCCACUCCCUCCCUCCUUCCCUUCCUACACAGACCUUGUGCCUCCAUGUUGUAUGCUACUGAAACAGAGUGGCAACGGGGCAAAAGCCUGAGUGGGGGUCGGACUCGCUCUCCUCCUCAGCUCUGGUUGGGACAGCUACGGCCUCAAGUGGACCCCCACCCCUAACCUCACACACACACACACACACACAACAACCCUUGGCUAUCCCCCCCUUGGUUUUCCCUCCUUUAAGGAAAUCCUCAAAAGAACACUCAGGUCCUCGUGCUGGGAAGAAGUUUAUGGGACAGGAGGAGCUUGUGCUCAAAGUAUAAUGGACCCAGCUUUGCCAGAGCAAGCUGCCUUCAUCUGCUUCCCUCGCCACCUCCUGAACACAUCGCAGAAAUACACACAUCCACACUACAACCCUCAUCACUGAACGACCAAAAUGCUCCGCUACCCACUUCCUUCCCCACCCCGCCCCGCCUGUUUGUGACUCUCGACGCAUUAUGCAAAAGCACUGUGUAGAUACUGUACAGGUUGUGCCGUCUCUCUUCUUCUUCUUCCUCCCCCGCCACCCCCCCCCAGCCCCCCCGGUGCACUUCAAACCAACCAACCAACCAACUUCGGCCUUUGUUUUGUAUAAAGAAAAGGAAUGGGGGGGGGGGGGAAACUAUUUUCCUUCUUCGAGCUUAAAUUUUGUUUUGUAAAAAAAAAAAAAAAAAAAAAUUUUUACACAAUUGUGAAUUGUAGCUUUUCUAUGGGAGCGACUUAAUUUAACAGAUGAAAAUAUUUUGAAGCUUAGAUUGAAGUUACUGUUUCUUUAUUUGUUUAUUUUUUGGGGGUGUGUGUUUUGUAUCAAGUAUUAAAAUAUGUAUUUAAAACAA